CUGGGUAGCGUAGUUCCCUGCCAGUUCACAUCCGCACGCGCUCUUCUCAGGACAUCGCCUCACAUUUCCCCCACGCACCGCUAAUGACUUUCUCGUUAAUUGCUGUCCGCCGCCCCGGUGUACGGUGCACCGGGGGAAGUCCGUUAUUUGCACCUGAUCCGUCGUGGGCGCCGGUGGGGAAAUGGUAAUGGAGGAGGGGCGUCCGGGCCCUUCAAAACCCGCCAGUGACAGGCGGCCCCAGAAGCGGGAGAAGAAGGACAAGCAGCAGGACCAGCAACAGCCCUGCGAGGGUUUCAGUAUUAAAGCCAUGAUGAAAAACAGCGUGGUAAGAGGGCCCCCACCUGCAGGAUCAGUAAAACGAAGACCAGCAAAACACACGGCUUUUCGCAAGUUUUAUGACAGAGGAGACUUUCCAAUUGCUGUUCAACAUGAGUGUGUCGGAAACAAAAUCGCCUGGAAGGUACAGAUUGAAGAACUGGACUAUCAUUACUUUCUGCCUUUGUUCUUUGAUGGGCUUUGUGAAACAGAAUUUCCAUAUGAGUUUUUUGCUCGUCAAGGAGUCCAUGACCUAUUGGAGCACGGUGGAAGCAAGAUUCUUCCUGUUGUUCCACAGCUCAUUAUCCCAAUAAAAAAUGCACUGAACCUUCGUAACCGACAGGUCCUCUGCACCACACUGAAAGUCAUCCAGCACCUGGUGGUGUCGGCUGAAAUGGUGGGGGAGGCCUUGGUGCCCUAUUAUCGGCAAAUUCUCCCAGUCCUAAGCAUCUUUAAGCACAUGGAUGUUAAUUUAGGUGAUGGUAUAGAAUACAGCCAGCAGAAGCGUGAAAAUAUUGGAGUUCUCAUCCGAGAGACAUUGGAACUCUUUGAACGCUACGGUGGAGAAAAUGCUUAUAUAAACAUUAAAUACAUGAUUCCCACUUACUGGUCGUGCAUGUAAACUGAAUUAUAUUAAAUGGGAUGAUUCCAUCUGUGCUCUGAAAAAACUAUCUGACUCUGUAUGGCAUCUUGUUAGUCAUGCUUUAUCUUCUCUACAGCUGCUAAAAUAGUGGCUUCUGGGGCAUUGGAGUGCUAGCACUAUUGUGAACAAGGCUUUCCAAUACAUAAAUAGUGUCUGUUCCUUUGAUUACAAUGGUGUACUGUGCUUGUUUGUUCCCUGAAAGAAUCACUCCUUUAUAACAGAGCUGACU